AUGUACACUAUGGAGUUCAAACACACACAUCCCAGACUUUCAAGCAGAGUAUUUGAUGAAUCAAGUAAAUCCUCAUCUGAGUCGACAGAAACUUUCCUUGGUUUCGUUGAAUCACCUCCAUCUGUUAUUACUUUUCCAAGACCAAACUCUAUAUUUCCAUUGGAUAAAUAUGUGCCAGAUGAGAAAGGCUCGAGAGAACGGCUCCUGCAACAUGAAAGACAGUUCAGCGAUUUUCAGGUACCGUUGGUGUCAGAGAGUAAAACCAUCUCGACUUGGAAAUGGAUUCUAGUCUUCUGCGGAUUAUCUAUAGGGGCAUUUCUAGCAGGGCUUGAUGCUACCAUAGUUGCCGACGCUCAAGGACCCAUUCUCCAAAGUCUGGGAGAAAUUGAAAAGGUUGCUUGGAUCGGUGUGGCUGAUCCACUUGGAUCUGGAGCUACUAUCCUACUUAUCGGUUCUUGCUAUGGGAUCUUCCAGAUCAAAUACAUGUACAUGUUUAGUAUGUUGCUUUUUGAGGUAGGAAGUGCAAUUUGUGGAGCCUCGACUUCAAUGAACGUUAUGAUAGUUGGACGGAUUAUGGUGGGUAUUGGAGGAGCGGGAAUUGAUCUAGGAGCUCUUAACUACCUAUCUAAAUUCACACCUCCACGUACCAGGCCCAUCUAUAACGCAAUCCUUGGAAUCUCCUUUGGACUCGGCAACAUUCUUGGUCCAAAGCUUAAACUCAUUGAUUUCCUCGGUUUCGUCUUACAUGUUAUUUUAUGGGCUUCUUUUCUCGUUGGUGUCACAAUGGGCGGCUCAGCUUGGUCCUGGUCAUCCAUUUCUUCCAUCGCAGUCUGUACACUCUUCGGAAUAUCUCUUUUCUGCUAUAUCAUCCAACAAUCUCUUUGCCUUCUUACCACUUCCUGCCAUCGCAUUUUCCCAGUUCAUUUCCUCCGUUCUAGAACACUCAUUCUUCUCUUUAUCGCUACUGCUGCGACUAUGACAGCACUUGUCACACCUAUCUUCUAUAUUCCUCUUCUUUAUCAAUUUGCGCAUGGCUCUUCUCCUAUGGCAUCAGCACUCAAUGUGAUUCCUGCAAUCGCGGCCUUUUUCAUCAUCCUUUUAUGCACAGGUGCAUUACUCCCGCGAAUUGGUUAUUACAAAGCUAUUUAUAUUCUCGCCUCAGUCUUCAUGAUUGUCGGUGGAAUAUCCAUGAGUCGAGUCACUAUCAAUACGUCCAAUAGAACAAUUUAUCUUUAUUCUAUCCUGAUAGGUAUAGGAGUAGGAAUGAUCUUCCAAAUAGCCUACGAUAUUGGUAUGAGCAAAGUGGCAUCGAUGGGUGCACAGGAUACCACAGCCACCGAAGAAUCAGGCGGCGACGAACAAAAACUUAUUGCGUAUAUAAAUGUCGCACAAGUGGGCUGUGCGGGUAUUGCACUUAGUAUUGCGGGAUGCAUAUACCAAAACUUGGGAGUAAAGAAGCUUCAAGAAAUUUUUGGGGACGAGGUUCCGGUGGAGAUUAUCAGGGAAGCCUUGGUGGUUUGA